AUGUCUUCGGCUCCGAUCCGCGGCCUCUGGGCGGCGCGCGGUGUGCUCCGUCGCAAUACUCGUGGGGUAUUAACUGCUGAUGCGUAUCCCCGGUUAGUGCUGCGGUCGGCGGGCGCCACCCAGCGUGAACUCUCCAUCACUAAAGGAGACAUUUCGAGCAAGUCAAAGCGAGGAGGAGACGCAGCGGAAGACUCGACGCACCAGCGCCAGCGAUCCUCAUUCCUGCGCAGCAUCGACUUGAGCAACCCGGCGGCGCAGCGGAAGUUGUCCAAGCUGAUCCAGGAGGUGGUGAAGACCAAGGCCAAUACCGGCGAUUUUGUGCCACAGGUAGUCAUACAGAGCCUGUGCACGACGUACCGAGGUAUGGACAUUGACGAGAAGAAGCAGUUCCUGCUGAUCUUGGCCCAAGACUUGCAUAUCGACACAGCCAUGGCUUUGCAAAGUGCCGCUCAGUUCGAGCAGAACAUGAACAACAUCAAGGAUGCUCGCAGUGGCGACGUGAACUGGGAGCACGAGAACGUGGAGAGGUACCUUCGAACGUUCAGGAAUCUCCGCAAUGCACUCGCGCCACUUUACGAGACGUUCUUCCAACAAAUCCUGUCACAACGAGAAAACGGCAUGUUGUUUUUGGUACACAUGCGAGCCGACUUGUUGCAAGUGUUGCGCAAGAGCGCGACUCAUUCCGAACUACCAGCUCUUCGUUCACUUGACGCAAGCUUGAAACACUUUCUGGCAUCAUGGUUCAGCGUUGGGUUCCUGAAGUUGCAACGUGUGACCUACGAGCACUCUCCUGGCCAGCUUUUGGAGAAGAUCAUUCGCUAUGAAGCUGUACAUCCUGUGGGCACGAUUGCUGAGCUUAAGAGGCGGCUUGGCAAUGGACGGCGUUGCUUUGCGUUUUUCCACCCAAGCAUUCCGGAUGAGCCCUUGGUCUUUGUGCAUGUAGCAUUGAUGCACGAGAUCGCAUCUAGCAUGCAGUCCAUUCGUGACGAAACGGAGCAAUUAUCAGAAGACUCCCAAGCUUACGCUGCAAUCUUCUACUCCAUCUCGUCGACGCAAAAGGGACUUGCGGGGGUUGACCUGGGUAAUUUCCUCAUUAAAGAGGUCGCUAAAGCCCUCAAGACGGAGCACCCACACUUGAAAACGUUCGCAACGUUGAGCCCUUUGCCCCAGUUCAUGCUAUGGCUAGAAACACAGCGGUACAAAACUGAUGAGUCGCUGGUGUCCCCGCUCGAACUGGAUGCUCUGAUCGAUGUGUUAGAAGAGCGUGGGAACGCCAUCCAAUCGGACGCGACUCCUGUUUCCAUUGUUUUGGAUACACUUUCGAUCGAUAAAUGGAUCAAAGACCCGGAGUUGGUUACAUCAUUGAAGCCUAUCAUGCUGAAGCUCGGUGCCCGCUACAUCUAUCAUGAAAAGAAGCGUGGGAAGGCGUUGGACCCUGUUGCGAACUUUCACGUCCGAAAUGGCGCCAUUUUCGAGCGUAUCAACUGGCAGGCAGAUCUGUCCAAGAAGGGCCUUGCGCAAAGCGCUGGGAUGAUGAUCAACUACAAAUACGAUUUGGCUCAUGUGGAGGCAAACAAUGAGAAUUACUUGUUGCACAACAUUAUCCCAAUUGGGCUUCAACCGCAGCAAGUGCUUGGAGCGCGCUCCAUUUAA